CACAGGAAUCUCUAAGGGAAAAUUCAGUCUUCUUUCACCAUUUCAUCUGUCAGAAUUUUAUUACCAUUGAGGUCAGAGUUCGAGAGUGGGUGAACCCAUAGAGUCUCAUUUAUCAUUCACACAUUUCUUAACCGAAUACAAGCAGUUAAUGUGAUACAAGAGUUAGUGAGACUGGCAAAAAUUCCUGCACAUCUUCUCACAAUUCAUCCAAAAUUUUUGGGCCUGUCAUACAAGGGUGCAAAAAAAGUACAGAAAAAAUAAUUGAUAAGAGUGAGUGUGCAUAAAAAGUAGGAGGGAGUUUAAUAUAAGUUUUUUUUUUGUGAAAAUGGGUCGGUUUUUUAUUCACGCGCUGGUAUUAUCGUGCAUUAUUCUCUUAUCAUCAUGCAAUGCAAAUGACGACAGCAGAAGCGAUCCGAAAGAGGAUGAGAAGCACUAUGACUUUCAGCAUCAACGAUUGUCGCCAGUGGCAAGAUUUCCGCCGCAGCUCCUUCAACUUCUUCCCGGAAGUGGCUUAGACAAUCAGGUUUUGUCAGAUGGUGAUGGUAUUUAUGGUGUUGAGGAGCCCGUCAUGAGUACUUUCUUCCACCAAAAUGACGAGGAUGAGUAUGCAGAGGACCCUGAGUAUGACAUGGAUCCAGAGCUGCAAUCCAACUUGCCCUACGGGAUUCAGAACGUGAGGCGCAACGUUGAGAUGAUGCCGAGCAGGUCGAUCCGGACAAAAGGAAAAAUCACACGAACCAGUUUCCAAUCACUGUGCCCAUCGAGAAGGACACUUGUGUACCUAAACGGUGAGAAUGGGUACGAAUACAAGCCAGAUCAUUACGAAGAAGUGACUUGCCAGCAUCCGUUUACCUCCUUCAGGGACUACCGUGUACACAGGAAUAAGCCCGCUUUAAGUCGCUUAAUCGAUGGGAAUAUGGAUGAGAUUUGCGGAGAUGCAGGCUUCUCAUGCAUCCAACUCAACAGGACCAUCUUCCUCACUCGACGUCUCUACGGAACAGAAUGCUGGGAGUCUCUGACGCGCCAGGUGCCCGCCGGCUGCGAGUGCAUGUGGCCCAAGCAUCACUAUGGCGAUAUUACCUCUCAUCAUUGAAGGAGCCCCAAACAAGCCACUACUAUCUCGAUCGCAUGAUGAUCCUCUUGCUCUGUGACACACUGUGUAGAUUGAUGAAUAUACCAUUUCAGUGUU